AUGGCCCUCGUCAUCGUAUCUGGGCUGCCCAGCUCAGGUCGUACCACUCGCUGCCAAGAGCUGAUAGCCGACUGGCAGAAGCGACUUGAUGCUCUGCCAUCCUCAUCCUUCAAUGCGCUUCCAUCCCGGAUAGUUCACCUGACCGACUCGACUGUGCAUCUGCCAAAGUCGACGUAUGCUUCGCAGCGCAACGAGAAGCCUGCCAGAGCUUCUUAUCUGUCCCUCGUCUCCCGUUCACUGGUCAAAGAUGCCAUCAUCGUGGCCGAUGGCGGGGCGGGACUGAACAUCAAGGGUUUCAGGUAUCAGCUUUGGUGUGCUGCCAGGGAAGUGGGCUUGACAUGCGUCAGCGUCUUCGUCAAUACGGGCAAGGAGAAGUGCAGAGAAUGGAAUAGCAGCAGGAGAGACAGAGGUGAAGAGGCCUACGAUGAGGAAACCAUCAACGACCUUUUCAUGCGUUACGAGGAGCCAAAUGCUAUGACACGGUGGGACUCGCCUCUCUUCGUAUUGAGCACCGAAGUCUUCGCCUCUGGAGGCGCAGAAUCGCCUGUCGGAGCGAGUCAAGAGUCAGGCAAGCAGAAAUGGGAGGAGCCGCCUUACGAGCAGAUUUGGGAGGCAGUCACGCAAGGCAAGGUCUCAAAAGCGCCGAAUGUUGUGAUACAAAACCGUACGACGUCCACAAAUUACCUCGCCGUACUAGAGACAUCCACUCAGUGCCUUCUGUCCUCUCUCCUCGCCCAUCAAACUUCGAUAGGGCUGCCCGAGGGCGGCGGGCCGGUCAUCUUGAGUCCGGUUCUGCCAGACUCGACAGUCAUCAAGCAAGUCAGACUAGCUCUACCGGAGGGCAAACGGCCACCCACGGCUGCACAGCUACAACGUCUCCGGCGGCAAUUUGUCAAGAUCCACUCGACGAGCUUCGCUACGAACAAUGCACUAGGCAAGACGGCCAAAGAGGAAGGUGGGGGUCAGGGCACGCUACCUCCAAGUAAGGGUGCGGCUAAGCAGGAGAUGGCUCUGGACGAGACCGCUGGAAGUGGCAGUCUAGAGGAGACGAUUGUUAGGCGCUUUGCUGUUUGGCUUGGUGAGAUUCUUCACGCAGGCGCAUAG